GAAGAAGCGUGCAGAAGUGCUGCAGGAACUAUCACAUUAUCCCGCGCGCUACCGCAGUUCUUCCGUCGGAGAUGCGAAGUGCCGUUAACAAGAACCAGGGAAAUAUUCCACCACAGAGAUACCAGAGAUGCCCCAAUGAUACAUGCUAGGAGUAUAAAAUGUGCGCAUUAUGCCGGCCAAGAAACUCCAAGAGGAACCAAGGCAUUAACUAAAAGCUUGUCUUAAACUUUGAUCUGCGGCGUUUUCAACAUGGUGACUUCUAGUUCGGUGAUCAUCCUAACGCUCUGGGCGGCACUGGUCAGUGCGAGCCCCGUUGCCGAUCCCCUGGUGACUCCCGCCCCUAAGCUCGAGGAUCUGAAGAAGCGCGCAACCUCGUGCACAUUCUCCGGGUCCGAGGGGGCCUCGUCGGCCAGCAAGUCCAAGACCUCAUGCUCCACCAUUGUGCUCUCCGAUGUGGCAGUGCCCUCAGGUACCACUUUGGAUUUGACCGAUCUGAAUGAUGGGACUCACGUCAUUUUCGAAGGCGAAACCACGUUUGGCUACGAGGAAUGGAGCGGACCCCUUGUCUCCGUCUCCGGAACUGACAUCACUGUCACUGGAGCCGAUGGCGCCUAUCUCAACGGUGACGGCAGUCGUUGGUGGGACGGCGAGGGCAGCAAUGGUGGCAAGACGAAGCCCAAGUUCUUCUACGCCCACGAUCUGACCUCGUCCACGAUCAGCGGGAUCUACAUCCAGAACUCGCCGGUGCAAGUGUUCAGCAUCGAUGGAUCGACCUAUCUUACGAUGGAGGACAUCACCAUUGACAACUCGGAUGGCGAUGAUGGCGAGGCAGCAAACACUGACGGGUUCGAUAUUGGUGAUAGUACGUACAUCACCAUCACGGGCGCAAAUGUAUACAACCAGGAUGACUGUGUGGCGGUGAACUCGGGCGAGAACAUUUACUUCUCGGGCGGCGUCUGCUCCGGUGGCCACGGGCUGUCGAUCGGUUCCGUUGGUGGUCGCAGUGACAACACCGUCAAGAACGUGACCUUCUACGACUCGGAGAUCAAGAGCUCUCAGAACGGAGUGCGCAUCAAGACCAUCUACGGCGACACUGGGUCGGUAAGCGAGGUUACUUACAAGGAGAUAACCCUGUCCGAUAUCACCGACUACGGUAUUGUGGUGGAGCAGAACUAUGACGAUACGAGCGAAUCCCCGACUGAUGGCAUUACCAUUGAGGACUUUGUCCUUGACAAUGUGCAGGGGAGUGUAGAGAGCUCGGGUACGAAUAUCUAUAUUGUCUGCGGAUCGGACAGCUGCACAGACUGGACUUGGACGGAUGUGGAUGUCAGUGGAGGGAAGACCAGCUCUGAUUGUGAGAAUGUGCCGGACGAUAUUAGCUGUUAGAUGUCGAUGGCCGUUGAGCAGCGAAGCUGAACUGCUUGGGGGUAUUAGCAGAUUGUGAUGUCACAUACGACGAUGCUGGACUUGAGCUGCAAACAUAAACCCACGUUCGGGUCAAUGGAUGUUAGUCGAUCAUUGAUAGAUGCUGCUGUGACCCACACAGUUAGAGCUUCUCAUCUGCAAUCCCUCUAUCUACUUCUGAC